AUGGUUUUUCCAAUAUCUGAAUCACUUCCGUAUGAAGUGGAUUCUACAUUCUGGGGGAAACAAUUGAAUUUAAGUACAGAACUUACCGAAUCUCAAGUAAAUACUGAUAUAACUAUGUGGCUUGUUAACUCGCAAUUUAGACAAUAUAAAGGACAAAGAUUAUAA